UGCAGCUACCUCAUCUUGGCUCACAGGUCCUUUUCAGCAUCAAGUAUUGCUUUAGAAGCAUCUGAUUUUUAUGAUGUUCUAAAUGUAUCAAGAACUGCAAGUAGGAAAGAGAUAAAACAGGCUUAUUUUUCACUGUCAAAGCAGCUUCAUCCAGAUCGAAAUCUAUCAAACCCUAAUCACCAUAAGAAGUUUGUAGAGCUUAACGAAGCUUACAAUGUCCUCAGCAAGCCACUUUCAAGGCGACAGUAUGAUGAGAGGCUCUCAAGAUUGAGAUGGGGGCAGAGUACUUCAGGUGCAAGUUCCGGCCAACCACACUCCAACCACUACAAUUGGUCAGUUUAAAAUAUAGGUCAUGUA